CGCUCCUUAAGCACUUCCAGCAAAGGCAGCGCCUGCUCCGCUGUGGAAGCGGCUCCGACCCCAGGAAGCAUCGCAAUGCGCUUAUAGCAGAAAUCUCGGGCGCGACGGCAGGUGCAAUAAUGCUGCGUCCAGUUCUGUCCGCCUCGCCUCAAGAAGGAUGUUGCAGCGUUGGAGAGGGUUCAGGAAAGGCAACCCAAAUGACGCCCCUGUGAAGAAAGGCUGCUUUAUAGCUUAUAAAAGGCGAAUAAGACGAUAGAAGUGUAUGAACUUGUGUAUGGCAUGGGAACGUGGAGACAGCGGAGAACUUUCCUCUCUCCUCCUCCUGGAACAAGAACUCGUGGGCAUCCAUUGAAGCUGAAGGCUGGAGCAUUCGUGACAGAUGAAAGGAAGUCCUUCUUCACGCAGGCAAACAGAGGAGGCAGCGAGGGCCACCCGCCUGGAUGUGACCUGUCCCGCUCUGUCUUCUGCGUGACUGACAACCCUCCAGGGAUAUCGGGUGAGCCCUCUCCCGUCUCCCUGCUUCUCCACGGAGAGCACCUGCGCAUCUGCCCCCAGGAGUACACCUGCUGCGCCAGCGAGACAGAGGAGCGUCUGAGUGAGCAGAGCCGGGGAGACCUCCAGGGCCUGGUGGGAGAGGCAGCCGGCUUCCUGCUCAGCACCCUAGGCUCCCGCCAGCGCCGCUUCCAAGACUUCUUCCGGGAGCUCCUGGCAGGGGCAGAGCAGUCCCUCCAAGCCAUGUUCACCCGCUCCUAUGGGCGCCUCUAUGCCCAGCAUGCUCGCCUCUUCCAGGGGCUCUUUGUGGAGCUGCGGCGCCACCUGCAGGGAGCACGACCUGGGCUGGAUGAGGCCCUGAGCGACUUCUGGGCCCGCCUGCUGGAGCGGAUGCUUCCCCUGCUCAACCCCCAGUACAGCUUCCCUGAAAGCUACCUGGAGUGUGUGGGGCACCAGGCAGAGGGGCUGCGGGCCUUUGGGGACAGCCCCCGCCAGCUCCGCGUGCAGGUGACUCGCGCCUUCAUUGCUGCUCGGGCCUUUGUCCAGGGCCUGGCGACCGGACGAGACGUGGUGGUCCAGGCGGUCAAGCUCUCUCCCAGCGGAGAGUGCCGCCGUGCCCACAUGCGCCUCUCCUACUGCCCACUUUGCCGUGGGACUCCGGCCCUCAAGCCCUGCAACGGAUUCUGCCUCAACGUCAUGAAGGGCUGCUUUGCCAGCGCAGCGGAGCUGGACCCUGAGUGGGAGCGCUUUCUUGAUGCUUUGACCCAAUUGGCCGAGCGCCUCGGGGGCCCCUUUAACUUCGAACUGGCGGCUGACUCCAUCGGAGUGAAGAUUUCGGAGGCGAUCAUGUUCCUGCAGGAGCACAGUGUCCAAAUCUCAGCCAAGGUGUUCCAGAGCUGUGGCAGCCCCCGCCCAGCCCCCGCCCGCUCUCGCCGCUCCCCCCGGGAGGAGGCCAAGCGCCGCUUCCGCACUUACUUGCCCGAGGAGAAGCCCACAACCGCGGCAGGAACCAACCUGGACAGGCUGGUGUCGGAUGUGAAGGAGAAGCUGCGUCUCAUGCGGCGCUUCUGGGUGCUGCUUCCCCACGCCCUCUGCAGCGACGAGAAGGUGGCAGCUGAUGUCACCAACGAGGACAGCUGCUGGAACGGGCAGGCGAGGGGCAGGUACCUCCCAGAUGUGACGGGUGAUGGGCUGGUGAACCAGAUCAACAACCCCGAGGUGGAGGUGGACAUUUCGCGCCCCGACAUGCCCACGCGGCAGCACGUCCUGGCCCUACGCAGUGCCACCUCCCGCCUGGUGGGCGCCUGCAAUGGGCAGGACCUCGACUUCCAGGAUGCAGAUGAGGACGGUGGGAGCGGCUCUGGCGCUGGGUACAGCGAGGACCGGCUGGCCUUGGGGGCUGGAGCAGGGGGGGCUGGGGGUUCCCCCGCGGGAUCCCGCCCUUCUUCCGAUGCCCGCCCACCUCGCAGGGAGCGGCCUGGGAAGGGCUCCUCCUCCUCCCGACAGAACCAGAGUGGGGGGCGGCCAAGCAGUGGGGCUGGGCUGCCCCCCACAGGGGCCACUUUGCAAGCCAAGGUCUUUCCCCCCCUCUUCCUGCUCCUCCUGCUGGGGGGCUGGUGACCCCCAUAGUGGUUUGGCAUCUCAAAUGGCUGACUUCCUCUGGCAUCACCCCUCCCCCAACACCACCAGGAAGGGGGGAACCUCCCUCCGCAUCCAGUCAAAGGGGGGCUGGGUUGGGGCUCUCAUUCUCCCCCAUGCAUAAACCCCCACUCACUUGUGAGGUGGGGGUUUAAUUUUAUGGGAAUGACAAAGAGAGGCCGGGGGGGGGGAGAUUGGGAGUCAAGUCUUGUAGGGUGGGCUUUUUUAUUACCUGGGGAGGGAAACCAGGGUGUUUUUUAAAUGGGGGCUGUAAGGAGAGGCCUAGCAAUGAAUUUUCACUUCUUUUCUAUACCUUUGAGUUCGCCUCUCUUUUUGGUGGGUAUCUAAGAGGGGGUGGGGUGGGUGAAGGGAAGGGGGGAGAGGGGGCAGACAGCUGCCCCCUAUUUUCUCCCUCUCAGAGGAGGGGGCUAGCAGCUUGUAGGUGAAGAGCCCCCUCCAACUAGGGCAGGGACCAGACUUACAUUUCUGCCCCCACCCCAUAGGCUGUCAAUCCUUCUGCGGACCUUCCAGGGCAUUGGGGAGGGGGUUCCCAAAGCACUGAGAAGCCCCCUUUUUUAAGCACAAAGGGAUUUGUCUUAUUUUCUGGAUCUGUUUUUUCUUAAAUUAUGGAAUAAUAAAAUAUUUAAUUUAUUGAU